GAGCGGGACGAGGAGGCAGGCGGGCAGCCGUGGCCGGAGCCUGGGCACAGCGGGCCCUGCGCGAGCGGGUGCAGAUCCUGGCUCCAGAAUGCUCACCUCCAGGAGCGUGGCAUGUUCGCAGUAGCCCUAGAAGAUAGAUCGUCUUGAAGGGGGGGCCUCACUGACUAGAGACGGGUUAAGGAGGAGGGCUCGGGGGCCCACCACCCCACCCAGCCCAGGAAGGCCGGCAGUUGGACCUCGCCCCAGCUCUGUGUCGCCUGAGGAAGUCAAAGCUGUAGAGAGCCAGAGGAGGCCUGGAGAGGAGCAGAGACCAGGGCUCACACAGGUGGCCCGGGCCCCAGCCCCGGAGCCAGCUUUCUGCAUCACCGAGGAGGGGCAGCGCCAUGCUGGGCCCUCACCUCCCACCCCCACCCCUCGGACCCAGUGAAGGGAGGCCCAACCCCUGUGCCUUCCGGAUCCCGGAUGGGAGCUACAGGUGCCUGGCCUUGGAGGCGGAGGAAAGCGGCGGUGAGGAGAGCCUGCAGGGAGAGGCAGGGCUCACCGACUUGGAGGAGGACAGGAUGAUCACCAGGAAUGGGGACAACUCCAACUGCAGGGCCACCCAAGAGGCACCAGAGUCGCCCAAAGCCCUGGGCAUCCAGCCACCCAGCUGCUCCAGGGGGGCACGAAGGGAGCCCCAGCAUGACAACAGGACCAGCCAGGACUGGGACAUGGUAAAGGCCCAGCAAGUGAUGACAGCCAGCCCCAGCCUCAGCCCCAGCCCCAGCCCUGGACCCAGGCUUCCCCAGAAACCAGCAUUGGGCCGAAGCACUAGCCUCACCGAGAAGGAUCUGAAAGAGGCCAAGGCGCGGAGCCAGCAGAUCGCAGCCCAGCUGACGACCCCUCCCAGCUCCAACUCUCGAGGCGUCCAGCUCUUCAACAGGCGCCGGCAGAGGGUGAACGAGUUCACCUUGGAGAGCCACGGCCGGAGGGGACAGAAGCCCAGCCAGGAGUCCCUCAGAGUGCCCCCUGCCAGCCCUACAGGCCAUGCCCCAGGGCUCAGCCUGAGUCCUACCACCCUCCCAGAGCCAGACCCACCGAGGAACCCCAACGGCCAGAGCCCUGACCUAGGGGUCCCUGGUCACAGCAUGGAGGGGUGCUCAGAGGAAGCCAGCUUGCUGCGGCACCUGGAGAAGGUGGCUAGUGAGGAGGAAGAGGUGCCACUGGUGGUUUAUUUAAAGGAGAACGCAGCCUUGCUGACGGCCAAUGGGCUUCACCUGUCCCAGAACCGAGAAACCCAGAAGAGUCCACCAACCCCUCCUCCAGCUGAGGUCCACAGCUCAGCUGCAGAUGUCAACCAAAACCUGGCCUCCUCCAAUGCCGCACUCAUCACACCAGCUUCUAAUGGCAACCACAACCUGCCAGCCACAGAUGUCAAUCAGAAUCCACCGGCGACGGUCACCCCUCAGAGCCUGCCGUUUUCUAGCCUCCAAGAGAAUUCUUUGGAGGCACAACUCCCACCAAAUGGCACAGUGCCAGAUUCUAAAGCCAGCACCCUGUGUGCUGGUGGGCAGCCCCAGGAACUGGCUGUGGAGGUGAGAUCCAGCACACUCCUAAUUGACAAGGUAUCAGCUCCAUCUACCACCGCUCCCAGCUCCACCUCCCGGCCCCCAGCCCCAGAUUUCAUGUCCAGCUCCCUGCUCAUCGAUGUCCAGCCCAGUGCCUCAGCAGCGUCAGCAGAACAGGAGACGUCUGGGCGGGCAGCCGCCACCACGCCCACCAAGCUGUACAGCGAGGUCCACUUCACACUGGCCAAGCCCCCAUCCGUGGUCAACAGGACGGCCAGGCCCUUUGGGAUCCAGCCACCAGGGAGCACCGGCCAGAUGGAGCGGAGCCCCAUGGUAGAGAGAAGGCAUCUCGGGGGGCAGACCCCAGCUCCGCAGCCCCCCAGCAUAGCCAACAGGAGCCCUCGGCCGCAGAGACACAUAACGUCUCACAGCCCCAUGGUGGAGAGGAGGCCCACGGCACAGCGAAGCCCCGCCUUGGAGAGACGCCCCUUGGGGAACUUCACCCCACCCCCCACGUAUGCUGAGACCCUGUCCACGGCUCCCCAGGCUUCCCGGGUUAGGUCUCCCCCAUCUUACUCCGCCCUGUACCCCAGCUCUGACACCAAGCCUUCCCAUCUGAAGAGCCAGGCAGCUCCGGCCAGCAAGACGGGCAUUUUAGAGGAGUCUAUGGCCCGGAGGGGCAGCCGGAAAUCCAUGUUCACCUUCGUGGAGAAGCCCAAGGUGACUCCAAAUCCGGACCUGCUGGACCUGGUACAGACGGCUGAUGAAAAGCGGAGGCAGAGGGACCAGGGCGAGGCUGGCGGGGAGGAGGAGCCCUUUGCGCUGGGGGCUGAGGCCUCCAACUUCCAGCAGGAGCCAGCACCCAGGGACAGGGACAGGGACAGCCCCACCGCAGCUGAGAAUGCGGUCCCUGAGUGGGCCUCGUGCCUCAAGUCCCCGCGCAUCCAGGCCAAGCCGAAGCCCAAGCCCAACCAGAACCUGUCCGAGGCCUCCGGGAAAGGAGCUGAGCUCUAUGCCCGCCGCCAGUCCCGCAUGGAGAAGUACGUCAUCGAGUCUUCGGGCCACGCGGAACUGGCCCGCUGCCCUUCGCCCACUAUGUCCCUGCCUUCGUCCUGGAAGUACUCCUCUGGCAGCCUCCGAGUGGCGUCCCGAAGCCCAGCUCGGACCCCACCUGCCUCCCUCUACCACGGCUACCUGCCUGAGAAUGGGAUCCUGCGCCCGGAGCCCACCAAGCAGCCGCAGCCACCAUACCAGCUGCGGCCCUCGCUCUACGUCCUCUCUCCCAUCAAGGAACCUACCAAGGCCUCGCCAAGAGCCACCUCACCCGCCAAGCCCAGCUCCCUGGACCUGGUGCCCAGCCUGCCCAAGGCGACCCUGCCUCGGUCACCCGCCCUGCCUCGGCCCUCCCGCUCCUCGCCAGGCCUCUACACGGCCCCCAGCCAGGACGGCCUGCAGCCCGCCGCUGUGAGCCCGACCUACAGCAGUGACAUCUCCCCCGUGUCUCCCUCCAGGGCCUGGUCUCCGCGAGCCAAGCAGGCCCCCAGGCCCUCCUUCUCUACCCGGAAUGCCGGGAUCGAGGCUCAGGUGUGGAAGCCUUCCUUCUGCUUCAAGUAACGGACCCCACAGGGGUCCCACUGCCCGUCAGGGUCCCCUCUCUGAGGGCAGGAUGGAAAGCAGAGGUGGCAGGAAGUGGCACAGGGCGGAGAGUCAGGAGUAUGGGGACUCAGGGCUCGAGGGCUGAUGCUGCUACCAGCUAGCUCUGUGACACUGGGCAAGUCACCUCCCCUCUGCCCAUCCCCUGCCACGAGGGUGGUUGGACUUCAUGUCAGAGGGAUACAGAGUCUGCUGCCGGGUGGGAGGAGGGUCAUGGAGAGAGAGCUCCCAAGGCAGGUCGCAGCGAGGCUGGGGCUUCCUCUGGCCUUUGUGAGCUAUUGGGAUGCCAGCGUCUUGCUGGGGAAUGGCCUAGAAGGGGGUCCUAACGGGGACUUCUGGAUAAACAGAACCUGUCAGAGCCUGUGGAACAGCCAGCCGGGGGGCUGCCUCCUCAGCUGCCCCAGGGGGGCCACCCUCACGUGGCCCCGGCUCCUGGCAUUUCUGCCUGUUGCUGAAUUCUCACCUCCACGGGUCUGUCUCUCCCACCUCUGCCUUCUGGACACCGUUUCCUCUCUGCUGCUUCAGGGGGCUUUGCCUCGGCCUCCACAUUUUCUCCUGGAUGAAGACAGCCCACCACUGCUGUCUGAUGCUUUUCCCCUUCCCUCUGCUCAGCUGCCUCCAUGCCUUCUCCAAACGUCUGGCUCCGCUUUAGGGACAGCUAAAGCAGUUCACCCCACACCUCCGGCCUGGUUCCACCUGGCUUGCCCUCACUGUUCUGGGGUAGGGGAGGUCCCAAGGGGCCCCUGAGAGAUGGAGAGCCCUCUGGGAGGAUGUGCAGAUGUGGGUGUGCAGCGAGGAGAGGAGCCCCUGGCAAGGUAUCCAAGGGCUAGUUUGGCUUCAACUUUGGCCAGGAUCUGCCCAACUAAAAGCAUCCAUCUCUGUGCAGUGGAAGGGAGACAGGCAGGAGGGGAGGGUCUGGUCCCAUCUCAGCCUCUCAUUUGCUGUGUGACUUUGACUAAGUCACUUUCCCUUUCUGGGCCUCAGUUUUGUCAUUUAUGGGGGCUCUAAGAGCUGUGACAGUCUGUAAGGACUGAGAGGAUAGGCUGGUGCUUCUGGAGAAAGGCCUUGUAAGUGAUGGCAGUCCCCUGGGAAGAGAGGGGAAGGAACUGGGCAGUUGCCAUAGGACAGAUGGAGAUUAGAUGUCUGCAAGGACAUUCUGAGGAGGGUGUGGCUGAAAUGAGCUGCUGGAGGAGCCAGAAGAUCAGAAGCCUAGGUAGGGAUGGCUCAGGUGCAGGA